CUUUAACUUACAAGCAUCUCGGGGAGACGUGGAAAAAUAGGACUUUUACCGGCUGUUCUGUGGAAGUAAAACAGCAUCAAAACCGUCGAAACUUAAGUAACUUUAAACUGUAACCGGCAUCUUGUCCUCGAUAGCAUCAUCAUCCGAGGAUUGACUUUCUUUGCAUUUUCCGACUUGGAUUAAGUUCUUCAUGGAAACUAAUGAUAUCUGAACCCUACAGAGGAGCGGAGAUAGGAGGUGGGUGUCGGAUACUAGCCAGAGUGAUUCUGUUCUUGUUCUUCAAUACAUGGAUCUUAAUGCUAAUUCCAACUCUGGUUUGAUAAAAGUAGGAAACUGAACCAGCUGUUGCCGCUUUGUGGCUUAAACCUCAUUGUGUUCAAAAGCUAUAGGUGUUUUUUCGGGGAGAAGAGCAAAUUUUCAAGAAACUUUGAAGCUGAAGUCAGGACAGAGAAACACAGAGAGACAGAAGCGAUAUCAGAACUAGAAUCAUGGCGUUAAAAGCCAAAGUGUUGUACGACUUCCACUCGGAAAACCCAGGCGAAAUCUCCAUAUCAGAGAAUGAGCUGGUGACCCUGUUCAGCGAGGAGGAGCUGGAGGGCUGGCUGGAGGGGGAGAACAGCAAGGGGGAGGUUGGUCUCUUCCCUGCCUCCUAUGUGGAGAUCAUCAAGGACCGUAUCACUCCCAGCACUAACAACAACGGCUUCUCUUCACCCAAAUCCAAAGCUGUGACACCAACCCACACCUCCUACAUUUCUUCUGACACCCAGUCUCACAGAGGACAGGGGGCUGGGAGUGGUGGUAGUGGGGGAGGUAGCUUCCACACCAGUCAUGGCAGUGAUGAUGACUGGGAUGAUGACUGGGAUGACAGUUCUCCCGCCACUGAUGCACCCCAGAGUUUUGGCAGCACGCCCCCCUUGUAUCCAGUGACCACCUCUUUGCCAGGGCGGCGUGAAAGCACUCAGCAGCACCAGCAUCACGCCAAGAGCUCUGCGACAGUGGGGCGGAACCUCAACAGGUUCUCCACCUUUGUCAAGUCUGGUGGAGAGGCCUUCUUGCUUGGGGAGGCCUCUGCUUUUGUAAAGGAUGGGGACAAGAUCUGCGUGGUGAUGGGGAAGCAUGGACCGGAGUGGCAGGAGGACCCAUAUCCAUUUACGUGUACCAUUGAUGACCCGACCAAGCAGACCAAGUUCAAAGGCAUGAAGAGCUACAUGUCCUAUGGCUUGACCCCAACGCACACAAAUAUACAAGUCAACCGCAGGUAUAAACACUUCGAUUGGCUGUAUGGACGCCUGGUGGAGCGUUUCCCUGUCAUAUCAGUGCCUCACCUACCAGAGAAGCAGGCCACUGGGCGCUUUGAGGAGGACUUCAUCUCAAAGCGAAGAAAAGGGCUGAUCUGGUGGAUGAACCACAUGACCAGCCACCCGGUACUGGCACACUGUGAUGUUUUCCAGCACUUCCUAACUUGUGGUGCUGAUGAGAAAGCCUGGAAACAGGGCAAGAGGAAGGCAGAGAGGGACGAGCUGGUUGGGGCCAAUUUCUUCCUCACAAUUAGUCCGCCCCCUGUUCUACUGGACCCUCAAGAGGUUGAAAGCAAGAUCGAAGGCUUCAAGACUUUCACCAAGGCAAUGGACGAGAACAGCGUUUAUGUGAAUGCAACAAUCAACGAGUUUGCUCGCAAACAGGCGGCAGGGUUUAAAAAAGAAUACCAGAAGGUUGGACAGUCAUUCAAACUCCUUGCACAGGCUUUCGAGUUGGACCAGCAGGUAUACUCAGCAGGCUUGAACAAAGCCAUUGCAGACACUGGUGAGGCAUACGAGGUCAUAGGAGAGUAUUUUGCUGAUCAGCCACGCCAGGACCUGGAUCCUAUUUCUGACCUGCUGGACCUCUACAGAGGACACCUGGCCAAUUUUCCUGACAUCAUCCAUGUUCAGAAAGGUGCACUGACCAAGGUGAAAGACUGUCCAAAGCAGGAGGGUGAGCUCCAUGACCGCUGCAACAUCAUAUCCUGCGCCACACUGGCAGAGAUUCAGCACUUCCACCGCACUCGUGUACGAGACUUCCGCUCACAAAUGCAGCACCACCUCCGUCAGCAGAUCAGUUUCUUCCAGAAGAUCACAGCCAAGCUGGAGGACACACUUCGGAAGUAUGAUGAUGACCAGUAGAAAAGAAAGAGAAAGAAGAAAGAAGUGGGACUACAAAUGCCUUGAGUUAACAGAGGGGGUGAUUGAAGACAAGGCAAGAAUGAUUGAUGGCUCUUUGCCCAAGCAGCAGAGAAAACCAUUUGAUCUGAUGGAUUCUGGGCCUGGUGCAUGUGUUCAAAGAAAAUUACCACUCUUGAAACAGGGAGGCCACUUGACUUAGAAUGACAUCAUCGUGGAUUAUCUGGACAGCUUUGAUGAAUGUACCAGUAACAGGGGUUUGCUGAUGCUCCAGGCAUAUUUUGAGAGUCAGCAGGGCUGCCAUGACUUUGAAAAACAGCUGCUCUCACUAAGACAUGGCUGCAUCUGGAUUCCCUGAUACAGGCUCUUCUCAUCUCUUCAUGUCUUCACUUUCUUAGCAUUUUAUGUAAACCCUUCAUUAGGGUACUUGGAAACCCCCCAAAAAUCACUUAAACUGGAUUAAUAAUGAUUGUUAGAGAGGACUUGAUGAAUUGAAUGAUUUUUUUUAUCUUUGUGUCUAUUUACUUGAAUGACCUGUUCAGUAUUGUUUAGAUGGACAUAAUGGCAUGCAAGGGUUCUUUAUGUAGAAAAGGCAACAUGGGCAUAUUCCUACUCUCUUUAAUCCAGUGAGAGUAUACUAAUAUGGACAAGAAGUUUGUGUCAGCUUUCUGCCACACAUGGGUGAAGCCAAAAUACUGCAACUGGUGUUGAUUUGCUACCCUAGUAGCACAUUUUGAAGCCUAGACAAUGACGGAAGGGAGGUGGCCGGUGGAAAAGUGAAACUGAUAUCAUGUCCCUUCCUCUAACCACAGCACACAUAAAUGUCUAAGAUCCCUCACUUUCAGCAGUACAGAUAUGCCAUAUUUGUAGCAGAUACUCACUUUUAAGGCAAGUUCACUGACACUAGAAAAGUGCUAUUCAAGCUCAAGUCCAUUUACCUUUACCCCUAAAUUUCACAUACUCUGCACAGUGAUCUACACCCAAAGCACAAUCCUGAACAAAUCGCCCCCUUUCUAGUCUAUCUUUGCAGUUUCACUGCAUAUGCUCUGCCCCACUAAAGGUAUGUGCCUAUUCUUAGCAGAAGCUGCUGCCACAACUUGCCAAUCUACGUGGAGCAAAUCUUCGGAAACAGGAUGAAUAAGGUGAAAAGGAUCUAGCUGAUUUUAUAAUACAACACAGUGCACGGACUCCUGACUGUAAAUCUCAUCACUAUAUCAACAUAACUUCCCACCCUGCAGCAAAAGCCACAAGUCAUUAUUCAGUCAGAGAGUCACAGAGGUAAUGGGAGCCAUGGACAAAGAAAAGUUGAUUUUUGAGGUUAAUGCAUUUGAGAACACUCUACAUCUGUCACUAAAGCUUUCCAACUCGACAUUUCAUCUCGACUUUUUUCAGCAUCCAAUAAUUGAAACGAAAAGUUACUUCAAAUCACAAAUAAAUCAUCAAUCACAAAAGACUCCUGGUUUAACAAAAAACCAUGUGACUUACAUUUGAAACUUUUUAUUUGACCCAUAUCCUAUCUGUUAACAUGGAGCAAACAGGGUGCAUUUUGGCUUCACUCCUAGGCAGCUGUUGUUUCUUACAUAAUACACAACCCAGGGUUAAAUCAAUUUAGUAGUUUGGCUCAUUAAAGCUUGGAAAAUGACCUACUUCUGAUGUGUUGCAUUUCAGUAGUGGGAAACUGUCAAAUCUUUUCCCUGGCAUCAUCAUAAACCAUAUGUUUUUUUUUUGUUUGUUUUAGUUGCCUUACUUUAAACAAUAAGAUGUGUUAUCAUUGUUCAUGAUUGAUUUUAUGCUUUAGACAGUCUUCUUGUUUUGAGAAGCAGUCCUGCAGUUCUUUCUUUGGGUAUCUGUAGGCCUUUUUUCUGGCAAUCUGUAAGUUCUCUGAAGUCCACAUGCUUUUCCUCAUUUUAGGGAGGUAGGAUUGAGGGCUCAGCACAGACACUUAAGAAUGAUGAUUGACUCCUUGCAUCUAAAUGUUCAAACUCUAUAACUAUAUGUCACUUUUUCAUGUGAAUUAUGUAUUUUCUCAGUUUGAUUUUAUCAUUUAAAAAGUCAGACAGUCUUAGAGAGCACUGUAACCCAGCCUCACAGGCUGUCCACCUUUGUACUUUUACAUUGAACCUCGCAAUAGCACGACAUAAGUAUUUCUGUGCUGUUUAGCAUAGCAUUAUAAUGAUGGUGAAGUGCAAGACGCACAAUUUGUAAUCAAACAGCACAAGUUUCACAUACACCAACACAUGCAGCACCUAAUGCUAUGCUGUCUCAGUCUGUUUUUGCUGGAUCCCCAUGUUACUACCUCCAGUGCCAGCUGAUUUCAUCCCACUGUAAUGCAUUAGUUACAUGUAGGUGAGGCAUAACAGAGGAGUAACAGACCCAUCUUUCUUUAACAGGCAAAGGGACUAUGUGUGUCUUUUUGGUGGCCUGGCCUUACAGUCUUUUUUUAAACUGGCACUUGAGAGUACAAAGAAAUUUUAUUUUUGACACAGUGGCUUUAAAACAGUAUUCUCGUCUCGAUAUACAAACAUGCUAACCCUGAACAAGUAGGUUAACUGACUUAACUAGAACUGGCCCACAGGAGUAGAAGUUUUAAAUCCAGAGUAUUGUGACGCUGGGCUAGAAAAUAUUUCAAUAAAAGUUGGUAACAUGGAGAGACUUUAACACACAACAUCUUGCAGUGAUUCAUGAGCCUGCUGGAUUCCUGAGUGUUACUAACAGUUUAAUCCAUAAAAAGCACAUAUCAAAGGGAGAUCAAGAUCUAAAAAUGCUCUUCUAAAAAAGAUCUAAAAAAAUAGACAAAACAUACCAUGUACAUACCUGAGAUGAUCAGUUGAAUGCAAUGCAAUGGGUUACCAUACCUAGUAGCUUUAGUUUAGGCUCAAUAGUUUUUCUGGUGAUGUCAGGAUUUUUAUUUUCCAGGGAUUUUUAUCUAAAAGGUUUGUCGAACGAGAAACCACAGGGCAGUUGUUAGCAGUAUUCUUCUGUGUAAUUCAUCUCAUUAAAAAAGAAAGACAUUUCACUAAAUAAAUAUGUCUACUGUUGA